AAAAAACAAAUAAAUAAAUAAAAAUUAUGAUUGAAUCAAACCCUUGGAUGGGAAAUUGUCUUUUGGCCUUAAUUUAAUUAAUUUAAGAAUCAUAAACAGUGAAGGUUCCAUCCAAAAUCAAAUGGACGUUCUCGGAUCCACCCUAAAUAACGAGGUAGGGUUACGAUUGCUUCUUUGCCCGCUCAAUUCUAACGUUGUAAUCCGAACAGCGUGCUGUUCUGUGGGUGCUGUUUUACCAGUAUACUCAACAUUCAAGGCAAUUGAAAGGAAGGAUCAAGAUGAUCAACAAAAGUGGCUCAUAUAUUGGGCAGCUUAUGGAUCUUUCAGCAUUGUGGAAGUGUUUUCAGACAAGCUUCUUUCUUGGUUUCCCAUGUAUUAUCACCUUAAAUUUGCUUUUCUUGUUUGGCUUCAACUUCCAUCUGCUGAGGGAGCAACACAGCUGUACAGGAACUAUCUACGUCCAUUCUUGUUGAGGCAUCAAGCCAAAGUGGAUCAACUUGUGGGUUUCACAUAUCAUCAAAUGAUUAGAGUCUUCAGCUCGCACCAAGCAGAAUUUCAAUUUGCAAAGGCUCUACUUAUUAAGAUUAUGAGCACAGCGGACCUAAUGUUCAGGGGCAAUCAACAAGGCCACAAUGAAAACGAAGACCUGCCCAGUCCAAUGUCAGAUACACUGUCGGAUCAUGAGGAUUGACGGUCUCUGUUCUUCUUUUACUCUAGUUGAGUCUGGUGUUCUGGUAUUUUCUUUUACUGUGGUUCUUGCCGGCAUAUCUUUCAUAUUUUGGUGCAUGGCAAAAAUUUAACAUAACAAAUUCUUUGCUUGGUACGUUGUCUUUGUAAAGAAUGCUUGUCUACCAUAUUUACUUGGCAAAUGUGUAGAGCCAAAUGAAUUUUUCUUUUUCGAUUUGGAA